AUGGUCUCGGAAGAUCAGCAGAAGGUUGCUACUCGUAAGCUGACUCAAUGGAUAGAAAACGAUAAUAGGAUUGUCACAUAUAGAGAUAUAAGUAGAGAAGUGGGAUGUCAUGUGAAUACAGCCAAGAAUUUGUUGUUAUCCCAUUACAACUCCAACCCUUCUCUCUCGCCGACCUACCUUCUUACCGGUCCGUUAUUAUCCACAUCGACCAUCAAUCAGACUCAAUUGCACUCCCUCACACAGAUCCAUGGAAGCUCCACACAGAGAGUGAGGAUAGUAGAUAUGGACGAGAUGUCAGAAGGAGAUCGUAAUUCAGAGGACGAAGAUGAUGAUGAUGAGAAAGAGGUGGGGAAUGAUAAUGGAGCGGAAGAUGGGUUAGUGGGUGAUUUGAAGUUGCCAGUACCUGGGACAGUCAAGGAUGAUGAGGAGAUGGGAGCGCUGGAGGGGGAAGAGGUAAAGAGGUGGGGGUUGGUGUUGGUUGGGAAAGAUGGGUUGGAAGAAAAGAAGAAAUUGUUCGAGCAAGAUACUUUGAACGUGCACAUCCAUUCACUUGCACCUGCACCUAUCAACGACCCAGCACAGUAUCUAAUACCCAACCUCACACUCCGAGAACAUAAGAACUACCACAACCCCCAGAUAUACGGCACCAUCUCUGGAGAGGCAUUCAGACCUACUAUACCAGCUGUGGUUGAGAAGAAAGCUAUGAAAGAUGGUGGGAUCGAUUGGAGCUCUAAAAAGAUUGUGGGAGGAGGUAAGAAGGAGGAGGUGAAGAAGAAGGAGGAGCCACAGAAAGAGGAAACGAGAAUGGUCGAUACCAAGAAACCCUCAUCAUCCACUGCUACCAAGGUCACGUCAAAACCUGCUUCUACUAGACCCACUCCUGCUCCCGCGUCCACACAAGGUAGUAUAUCCGGAAAGAAAAAACGAGUGAUUAAUUCCGAUACAGAGGAAGAUGAACCCGCUCGUCCCCCCAAGACGGCUACCCCUGCUGCUGGCGGAAGCAAAAAGGUGGACCCUACCUCAUCGAUGAUCCGAGCGGACGACCAAAGAGCGAUGGAAGCUAUGAUGUCGAUGGAUAUGGAUAUAGAUAUGGAGUUGUCCGAUAAUGAGGUGGAAGUCAAGAAAGAACCUGACACGGUCAUCACCACGGAAAGUAGGAAGGUUAGGAAGAAGAGAAGGGUCAAGAAGAGUAAGACGGUAGAAGACAAGAAAGGUAGAAUGGUUACCAAAGACUACUCGACGGACGAGUCCUACACUGCUUCUGAGACUGACGAACCAGCACCUUCUACAAAAGCGAAAUCUAGACCUGCACCUACAACAAAGCCUCAGAUCAUCAAGCGAGAAUCAACCUCGUCGAUUGGUAGCGGUACGACUAAAACCCCCGCUAGUUCUGGAUCGCACCCGCCUGUUAAGAAAGCAACGGGCGGAGGGACGGCGAAAGGUCAAAGUACGUUGAAAGGCUUUUUCACCAAGAAGUAG